GUUCAAGAGAGCAAGGAUGCGUCAACCUAAUGCUGAGCCCUGAAAAUGGGCUUCAAGCUCAGCUUAGCCCACACUGAUCAUUUCAUCAGGCUUUGGACGAGGACAGUGGGAAGGUUUGAAGUGGUGGUAGCUGGAAAUGAGGGUGCUGCAUUCCUCCUCCCCAACCCAUUUGUGUGCAGCUGGGGAAGAGGAAUGUCUCUGUUGUCUGCCUGCAACCAGCUUUGGUCUUCUCCUCCUCUUGGUUGUUUCCUGUUGCAUAUAAAAUUUCUUCACUUCUCUGUCCUAAAAUAUUGUAGUUUAUCUUCUGCGGUUCUGCGUUUCACAUCUUCCUGUGCUCUUACCCUUGCUUCCUGCCUCUUCUGUUUUCUGUUUCUCCCAUUAGCUCUGUAAACCCAACUCCCCGAGCAAGUAUUUCUACCUUACAAGCUGCUUACAGAAGCUAGAUGCCUUUUCUAGACAAACCAAUCCCAGACAAAACUGUCCCAGCCCUUGCACUUAUGCAGCUGCUCAUUUGACCCUAAUCCAUUUUAAAAGGAGAGUGCUGGUGGGUGAGGAUGGAGUCAGAGGAGGGAAGUCCUUGCUUGCCGACACCCAUGGGAGAAGCAGCUUUUUAACUCUUCCGUGAUCACUUCAAACUGAUUAUUCCUGGUCUCUUGAGCUUUUAUGAUCAUUUUAUUAGACUUCCUGGCUGUGCUUCAGUGGCGGGUGACUGAAUUUAGUCUUCUCUACAUCACGGUGAUAGUAGUAAUGCGAAGUUUAAUGAGUACCUGCAAAGCUGUGUAGCAGGGAAGGAACUGCCAUGCCCGUGGGACUCUUCCGGGUGUGCCUACUGGUGAUUACAGCUAUUGUCAACCACCCGCUCUUCUUCCCUAAGGAGAAUGGCACCGUCCCCGAGAACACAGAAGAAAUCAUCCAGAAGAUGAAGGAGCGGGAGGAGAGCCUGCGGCUGGAGCAGUUGCGCUUGGAGCAGGAAAUUGCAGACCAGGAAGCCACACAGAAGGCUCUGGAAAAGGCUGCAGUGGUAGUGGAGGAAAGCAAAGAGGAGAAGGUCCGAUGGGAUAUGUGGACUGCCCUCUCCAUGGUCAUCUUCCUGCUGAUCGAGCUCUGGAGGCAGGAUUUCCAGGAAGGGAAUUGGCAGGACAUAGGAGGAGAAGAGGAUGACAUGGCAGUCCUGGGGAAAGCAUUUAAAGGAGUGGCCUUGCCCGACAAGGCUGUCCUGGCCAGCUUCUAUGAGAAGCGUAUCCUGGGUACCACUGGAGACAUGGCCAGGAUGCGGGAGAUGGUGGAAGGCUUUGCAGAUGACCUGCUGGAGGCCUUGAGGAGCGUUUGUAACCGGGAUGCUGACAUGGAAGUGGAAGAUUGCAUGGGCGUGGGGAGCAUGUAUGAGAACUGGAGAGUGCGUAAACCCUUCGUCUGUGAUCUGAUAGUGCCUUUUGCUCCCCCAGAGCCUUACUGCUUUUGCUGCCAGACCUGGUGCUCUGGUGACUCUUUUCCCCCAGAUGAACAAGGUUAUGGCACUAUCAAGGUGUGCAGGGCAGAUGAGGAUCAGACAGGUUGCAUCUGUGACAAGACUAAACUAGGGGAAGAUAUGCUGUGCCUCCUCCAUAGCCAAGUCAGUAGUACCAGGCCCAGCAGUGAGAUGGAGGACCUCCUGUGCUUCAAAAAUACUCAAUAUCUGGAUGCUGACCAAGUCAUGAAGUGGUUCCAGAUUGCUGUCACCAAGGCCUGGAACAGAAUCUCCCACAAAUAUGAAUUUGACCUUUCCUUCAGCCUCCUGGACUCACCAGGAGCCCUGAAGAUAAAAUUUAAAUCGGGGAAAUCGAUUGCCUUCAACCUCACCCCUGUGGUGCAGUAUGAGAACUCUGAUGUUUACUUCAUCUCCCACUUCCCUCGGAGCAGCCUGGUAGCAGACAUCCCCUCCAGCACCCACUGGUUUCUCACUUUUGCAGUUUAUGAGAGGAGGUUCAUCCAGCUGGUCUCCAAAACACUGCCUGCCAAUGCCUGCCACGUCAGCUGCCUUCAGAUCCUCUCCUUCCUCCAUGGGAAGCAGUGCAGCCUCACAGGUCCCAGCGGGCUCACCAACUACCACCUGAAGACAGUGCUGCUGCAUCUCCUGCAGGCUCGUCCCAGCCAGGACUGGGCCCCAGAAAAGCUGGAGGCCCGCCUACAGGACAUGCUGAAAUUCCUAGAGAAAUGUUUGCAUGAAAAGAAGCUUUAUCACUUCUUUAUUGGCAAUGGGAAGGUACCAGCAGAGCUGGGUUUCCCCAUCAUAUUUCAGAGGGCUGAGCCUCUCAACCUUUUCCGUCCCUUUGUGCUACGCAGGGACAUUUACAGGAAGAUGGUGGACACGUUCCACGAGAUGCUCAGGAACAUGUCUGCAUUGAUAAAUGAGUACACGGUGCACAUUCCCCUUGCACACACCAAUGGGAUCCGUAAGGAACCCCUUUAACCAAAGCCAAACUCUAAGCACAAGUCCAGAGGGCAACUUUCUGAAGCCUUCUGGAGACAACUGACUUUGCCAAUGGAGCUUCUUGUGUGGAGCUGAACCAGUCCUGGGCCAUGGUUCCUGCUGAAAGGAAGAGGCUUGGGGGGAAGAAUAGGGAGAAACUGGAAGAUGUGGUGGUGAAGUAGGUUUCUGUUCCACUGCUGUGCUUGGUUUUGUGCAGCUAAGAAUAUAUUUUUUCUAUUGUGCUUCAGUCAUGCUACAGCAGUGGUGAGCAACAAAUAGAAGUAAUUUAUUCAGAUGCCUGCAAUGCAAAUGGGGGUGGGGGUGUGAUGGUGGCCAAAUACUUCAUUUCCUUCAGAAGGGGCAGAUAAGAACAGGGUGGAGGAAUCAAAGACAGGAUCUUGGGAUCAAAGGAGCCUGUCUGCUUGCAGACAGCAGGAGCUCUUUCACCAAUGGGAAGUGCAACAUAAGUCUACAUGCUGGUGUGGAGAGGAGGAGGGUCAUGCACAAGAUCUGGACUGGAUGGAGAUCCUUAAAGCACAGCUGCAAAAGGGUACUGUAGUUAAAAAGGAGAAGAAGAAAACAAAAGCCUUCUUGAUUGAACUUGCAGCAGUAACUUAAAUGGCUUGUCCUGUCUUUCAAAAAUACCCCUGCACCUUUUUUCUCCUCUGGGAGGAUGUAGCAGAGCAGGGUCUGUCUUCAGACCAUUUCAUUCAAGUCUUCCAUGGUAACAUGGCUAGUGAUUUACAUUCCUGCCCAUUUUGUAUGGAUUCAUGAACAGGAACCUUUAUUAUCUUAGCUAAAAGAAACACCACUACUGGGUUCUGAUAUUUUGGGUUGUUUGUUUUCCGUACCUUGGGGCACUAAGGUGUGAUAACAGCCUAGAGAGAAAGGAAAAGCAGGGCUUGAACUGUAUCAGCUUUGAAGGUCCCUUCCAGUCUAAACUACUCUGAUUCUAUACUGCUGUAAGUUUUGCUUUCACAAAAGAAGCAGUUCUCCAAAAUUAUCCUGCAAUGAAGCCGAUCUCAGAAGUCUGGUAGCAGGAGUGAACAAUCACCCUCCAAAUGAGAUUGUGACUCUCUGCACAUGGUUUUAAUUAGGCCAAGGCCAGCAGGAGGGAGAAGGAAGGGAUGAAAAAGAUGCACAUGUAGUAGAUCUGGGCAGUGCUGCUUGCAGCUGCUUUAUGAUCCAUGUUGCAUCCCUUCUGCUCCACAUAUGCAGGCAAAAGCUACUUUGUACAUUCUCCUCAAUCUUUUUAAAGACUGCUGCUCUGAGGACCUGCACUAUAAACUGUAAUUUGCUGAGCUGGGAGUGCAAAGGGGGAGAGCUGCUGCAGGCUUUCAGGCCAGGGGAGAGUCUUGAGGUGUGUGCUAAAACAAAAACCAAAACAUUGCAGAAAUGGAAAUGCCUGAAAUCCCACAGGAAGCAUGUUAGUGCUGUGCCAUUGGGCUGCCCAGCCCCAGAAGGUGGCUUUGCUGAAGGAGAGGACUCAGGAGAUCCUCAUUCUUCUGAGUGUGGGUUCCAAACCAGGGCCCCAGUGCAUAAUUGCUUUAUGCUAGUCCCAGAAGCCUGGCCUCCAGUGCUAGGGGGCCUUUCCUACCUUUUUCUCACACUAGGAUUUCCUGCAAAGUUUUACACUAGGGCUUCCCUUAAUCCUGUUUACAAGCGGGUGGUUGUUCUGUGAGGUAGGACCCAUCAGGGAUGCUUUUACCAUCACUCCACAGGGCUCUUUUCAUCAAUCCUCUCUAUCACAUCAGAGAGAAGAUUCAAUCCCGUAUCACUGCUGGUAACAGCACACAGCAUGAAGCUUGUUAUCCAGCGUUAUCCAGUUGAUAAGCAAACUCUCCACAGACAUGUCCUCUUGUCUCUUUUCCUGGUAAAAACUGUUUCACCACCUCAUUGGUGUCUGUUCUUCUCUGUCCUGCCACCACUGAGGGACACUUCACACACAAAGGCAGAGAAAGCUGUAACUCCUGUCUCCACACCUGGUUUGUAAGAAAGCACAGAUGGUGACAGAGCUAUUCCCAAAGUGCUGCCUCCCUUGGCUUUUAUUACCAUAGGUAGUUAAGUAAGGUCUCUGAACAGAAAGUAAAGGGUAGGUAGGAAUGGGGGAGAAGAGGCUGGUGGGUAGUGACAGUAGGAAAAAGUCUUGGAUCAUAGUGCUUGCUUCAGCAUCUUUGGUGAUGAGUUUCUGGUAGACUGCCAGGAGAGCAACAGGGCAGGACUAAUUGCUGACGCUAACGAGUGCUGUAAAUCCCUGGCUUUCCUUAGUACAGCCAAGGUGGCUUUCCCCAGUAGGAAAGAGAGCAGGAGCAAUCUCAAGGGCCAUGGCAAGCAGGUAGUGACAAGCAAGGUACAGGGAGGGUGGGUCAGUACUGGAGCCUGGAGGCUACCUCAGAAGCUGCAUAAGUCAUUUGCAAACCCAGGUGAUUUGCCAUUUUUACCUGCCCAGGUUUACUGCAAAGUGCCUGUAGCAGACCCAGCUUUACAUAGACUGCUGGCAGGCAGGUCACGCUGGAGCAGUUGUGGUUGAUCUAAAUGUGCUCCUAGCCCAGCCAGAGAGAAAUUAGAAUUUCUCUGCCAUUUCCUGUCAGGAGUCUAAAUUUAGACUGUCCAAAGAACAGAAACAAAUUUGUGACCCAGGUCUCUCAGGAAAUGACAUUCAGAGUUGAAAAAUAACUUUUAUAUAAGGUUGAGCAGGAGGACCAUCAGAAGAAAAGGCUGUUGAACAGAAUAAGGUAACUCCCUUAUUAAAAUGUCAGAAGAAAGCUUUGCAACACCAAAGGGCUUGUAAACGUGCCCAAACUCGUCUUUACACAGCCCCAAGCACUGCUGCUCAGACUCAAAGGGAACCUGAACUGAUAAGUGGAUUGAAUCUUUUGUUCUUUGUUUUCUGUACUUGUAUGCCUGUUCUCUCUUGUGCCCAAACUGACCCUGAAGUAUUCCCAUGGGGUUUAGUUGAACAGAAGCUGGAUCUGAAUCAAGUAAUUUAUGGAUUUGAUUCCACUGAAAGCAAAUUGCUUGGCUUAGUUUUCCUACAUGCAAUAUGCUCAUUUUUCCCUGAGCACUUUUGGAGUGAUCUGGUCUGUGCAUUUAGGCUGUGAGGGGACCCAUUCAUACCUGUUGGGGGGAAAUAUUAUCUGUGAUUAUAAGCUGUGCUCCAGUCAGCCUCAGAGUGGAGAUCUUCCUUGCAAACCAAAGGUACAGACGUCCCAUCAGAGGAGAGGCUGCUACACCGUGUUUCUUUGGAUCACACAUCUGCCAUGGUACAAGGAGGCCAUGAUGUGAAGCACAUCAUUCCUUGGACUUCCUUGUCUCUUCUGGAUCAAAUCUUUGCCCACCAAAUACUAGCCUAUUUGUAAAAGCCCAUGCUCACAUUUCACAAAAAAAGGUUCAUAAGACAAUUCAGUUCCAUCAGCUGCCAGCCAGUAAAAAUGUCCUAAAACAUUUUAGUGUUGCCCAUGGGCAGUUCUGCCUUGAUUGAAAUCUAGGUGAGUAAUCAUAGGAAGCAGCUUUUAAGGAUGGGAGUAGAAGCGAGAUUUUGUGGUUUAAAGUGAAAAAUGUCCUUUUAAAACCAAACUGCUUACGGCACCUGAGUAACAAACAUCUCUUUGGCAAUGCCUGUAUCUCUGUGAGACAUCCUAAGGAAAGGUAAACAGCCUGUCCUGGACUCUCGAUACUGUUCUUGUCAUUUGCUAACCAAGUGAAUUCAACACAUGAACUCCAAGUGCCUUCCACUGGUUUCCAGCCACUCCCUGAGCCCUCAGCUUGUGGUUUUAAUAUUUUAUUACAGGCUCUGUCAAAGCAGUGGAAUUAGUGGUGAGUUGAUAGCAACCACUGAUCUACAGCAUAGCCUCAGGAGCCAUUUGCCCUUAGAAAAUGUCUUGGUCUAAGGUUAUUAUUGCUGUACAGGAGCUGCAUGUCUUCUAAGGGGCGGUGUUGGGUGUUCACUGUUAAGCAGCCACAGAAAAGAGUUUCUCUCUUUCCAAGCUGCUCUGUAUACAGGUAUAUACAGGGGUAUAAAGAUGUAGUUUAGCAAAAUGAUCCAAAAAUUUAUCCAGUAUUCAAGCAGCAGGAUUUUGUGUUCGUUCACCAGCCAUUUUUAAUGCAAAGUCUUUGCAGUGUUUUCUCUGAGGUGAAGAAAUUAGACUUUAGGCACCUGUAACAGCUUUGUCAUAGGACCCUACCUGGUAAACAGCUUUAUUUAUUACUUGUCCUUUUUUUAGAAUUGGGGGGGGUCUGUGUGUAACGUGUUAGCUCAGAAGCAAAACUAGUACAGAGAUGAAUCUUGGCAAUGCAGCCAAGAUGGGCAGUAACACCAGAACUCUCCAGACAAAGGUCUUCCUUGAUGGACAAGGCUGUACUUAAACCGCUGCUUCUAUAGCAGGACACUGUUGAAUUUGUAUAGAUCUUCUCAUGCAGCUUUAUUUAUAAUAAAGGAAGUCUUGUACAAAA